AUGAAGGCUCUAUUGAUUUUCCUCUUCGUGUCUCUAACUGCUGGUGACAAACUUAAUUCAGCUUACUUACCACCACCUGGAGCAAACUAUUCUGGAGGUGCUGGAGACAAUGAAGUACCUUUUGAAGUCCCAGUGGGAAACUUUGGCGUGAAAGAUGAAAAUGUGACCAGAUUGACUCCAGGAAUAUUCAGAGAAGGAGGAGUAACAUCUGAUAGACCAUCGGCUAGAUAUCCUGAAAGAAAAACAAGACCCCAGGAAGAAGCUGAAAGGAAUGCUGUUAUACUAAACAACGUGAAUAUUAUAACUCCCGAUGGAUAUUUUGCGUACUCUUUUGAUACAUCUAAUGGUAUUCAUGCUGAUGAAAGUGGAACAGCUUCUGAUGGUGUGAAAGCUAAUGGCUCAUAUUCGUAUAUCGGUGAUGAUGUACCAGACGCCAUACUUAAAGUGAUCGAACAAGCAGCAAAAGAUAGAGACAAUGGCGUAUUUGAUGAUGAUGGAGUAACUUUACCAAACUCUCAAGGAAAUGGAUACUAUAAUGAAAAUCAAAAGGGCACUAACGUCAUCAAACCUAAUGAGUCGACAAAUCAAAGCCCUUAUGAAGCUGCAAGGGAUUACAACGAUGAAUAUAAUCAAGACUCUCAAAAACCAGGCUUUCCAAAUAAUGUACGGGUUCCAGGUAGACCAACCGAAUAUAAUACUCUGACCAGAGAAAAGGCAAAAGAUUUUGGUGCAAAUGCUGACCGUAUAAAAGACUAUACCAAUAGCCCACCUUCUACCGAAAGAGUCAGAGAUUUUUCUACUUUUACUGAUCAGCCAAAAGACUACUACAGUCCCUCGACUACUGAAAGAUUUAAUGGACCUGAUACAUACACAGAUAGACCCAGAUAUUACUAUAGCCCAUCUACUGAUGGAGUAACCUCUACUGAAAGAAUAAGGCCAACUGGUCCCUUUACUCGACCAAGUAACUACAGUAAUAGACCCGCAACAACUUCAAUUCAGCAGUUUGGUUCGUAUACUAAUCGACCUGAGAAUAACUUCUAUAAUCCCACAUCUACUGGAAGUGUAAAUGAAUUUGGUACCUACACCAACAGACCAGAUGAUUUUAAUACAGGAGUAGUUAGCGAAUUUGACACAGCUACAGGUAGACCAAGUACUUAUUAUGGUCCUUCGUCUACAAAUACCGAAUUUGGUACAUCUGCUGGUCGCCCAAAAGAUGUGUAUAGUUCAUCAACGCAAGGAACAAUUGACUUUGAUCAAGCUUCGGAUAGACUUAGUAACAACUACAACUCUUUGCCUACUCAAAGAAAAGAUUUUGUUACUGACCGGCCCAACGACUAUUAUUAUAGCCCAACGUCUACUGAGAGAAGAAAGGAGUUUGAUGAGGCCACAGAUCGACCAGGUUACUAUUAUGGUCCUUCAUCUACUGAAAGAGUAAAGCCGACUGGUUCUUUUACUCGACCAGGUGACUACUAUACUCCUACAUCUACAAUUGGUACAAACGAAAUUGGAACGUAUACUGUUCGACCAACUAAUUACAGAUAUAGACCGACAUCUACCGAAAGAAUAAACGAAGUGAAUAUUAUUACGGGAAAACCUAGCGAUUAUUCUGGACCAGGUGGUUCUUUGAAUCAGCCAAGCGUCUACUAUGGUCCAACUUCCACAAAACAAACUGUCACUGGCCGACCGAUUGAGUACUACGGUCCUUCGUCUACUCAGAGAUUGAAAGACUUUGAAGCAGCUACUGGUCGACCAACUGACUACUACAGUCCUUCGUCUAAUGACAGAAUGAAAGCCUUUGAUACUGCCACUGGUCGACCUAUUGACUAUUACAGUCCUUCAUCUACUGAAAGGAUAAAAGCCUUUGAUACUGCCUCUGGUAGACCGAUUGACUACUACAGCCCUUCAUCUACUGAAAGGAUAAAAGCCUUUGAUACUGCCACUGGUCGACCAAAUGACUAUUACGGUCCUUCGUCAACUGAGAGGAUAAGAGACUUUAGUACAUCAACUGGUCGACCAACUGACUACUACAGCCCUUCGUCUACUGACAGAAUAAAAGCCUUUGAUAGUGCUACUGGUCGACCGAUUGACUACUACAGUCCUUCGUCUACUGACAGGAUUAAAGACUUUAAUACAGGCACUGGUCGACCGAUUGACGAUGUUGGUCCUUCGUCUACGGAAAGUAUAAAAGACUUUGCUCGACCAAAUGAGUAUUACGGUCCUUCAUCUACGGAAAGAAUCAAAGACUUUGGUACAGCCACUGGUCGACCAACUGAAUACUACGGUCCUUCUUCUACUGAAAGAAUAACUGGAGAAGAUUUCAGUGGACCUAAGCAACCUCAAAGAUACGAUCCUGAAACUGGUUACCAUUACUGA